AUGAUGAAAGCCAUUAAUGAAGCCAAAAGGUGCAAUUCAAUCGAGCCACUGAUCACAGUUUACACAAGUGAAACUGCCGGCUUCUAUGGACCACUCAAUCGACAACUAGCAGAUUCACCAGACGAUCCUCAAAUGAGUCCACAUUUGUGUGAUCGAUUUAUUAUCGAAUUUCUCAUUCAUCGGCAUGAACUUAAACAACGAACAUUUACUGGUAUGACUUAUCGUGGAGCAAAAAUAUCCAAAGCCGAGCUAUCUAACUACAAGGGCGUACUCAAUAGUCAGUCAGGAGGUAUACUAGGCCUCAAAACAUUUACAUCGACCUCCAUCGAUCGAUGUGUUGCGCUCGAAUUUAUUGCGAAAUCAUCAAUAAAUGAUCACGAGUGCAACGUUUUAUUUGUUUUCGAUAUUGAUCGCAUAUCAUCAACUAUUUUUGCGAUCGAAGAUAUUUCUGUGUUCGGUCAGGAACGUGAAGUAUUGAUCUUGCCUGGUACACUUUUUGUUGUUACUCGUGUGGAAGAACAAAUUGGCUUCAAAUUGAUCGAAAUUCAUCUACGCUAUUGGCAUACAUCGAUUUCAUUUUUUCAAAAACUCAAACAGACAGCUCGAUCAGGUGCCAAGACUGUUAUUUGA